GUCGCUCGCAGCCGCCGCGGGAAAGUCCGACUGAGACGUCCGCCGCUCAGCCCCUGCCACAGGCGGCCUGCAGUGAUGGAGGAGGAGCAGGAGGCCGAAGAGCAGAAGCAGUUCUCUUAUCAGCAGAGGCUCAAGGCAGCGGUGCACUACACAGUGGGAUGUCUGUGCCAGGAAGUGACAGAGGACAAAGAGAUGCAGUUCAGCAAGCAAACCAUUGCAGCGAUUUCAGAGAUGACCUUCCGGCAGUGCGAAACCUUUGCCAGAGAUCUUGAGAUGUUUGCCAGACACGCGAAAAGAAGCACGAUUAACACUGAAGAUGUGAAGCUGUUAGCCAGACGGAGUAAUUCACUGCAUUCGCAGGAGGUGGUGGGAAUAAAGCAAAACAGCCUCCUGACCUUCCUUGCGAGGUGGCACUCGUGGACCUCCCACUCCAGCACUGGGGACCUCAUCCGGGGGGCCGCCAGAGAGGUGGUUAAGCGACAGGAUGGCGCGCCCCUUCAGCAGCCCCCUCGGCGAGACAAAACACGCUGUAAAAACUUCUUCUGGAAGACCUUCUCCUCCUGCAAAUAGACUCCCCACCAUCUUGCUUGGGUAUGACCCCAAUAAAGUGAAUUCAGCAUCGUCAUCUUUCUUGUGUGUCACUUGCAAAGUAUUUUAAUUUAAAUUUCCAUAAUACCCAGCAUGUGGGAGGCUGAAGCAGGAGGAUCACUGCAAG